AUGUCUUGCUUUAUAUAUUGUAAAUUGUCUUUUGAAAAGGAUUAUCAGCGUAUUUAAAUUGACGAUAAUCUAUUUUUUGAAAAUAAAAUUUCUUUUGAAGAUUUGGAAGAUUAUUUGUAAUAUAAUUUUUACAUGACUCCAGUUUAAAUUUUAUAGAAAUCUGUUUCUGACGAAUAAUUUAUUUACAACUACAGCUCUAUUGUCCUUUAAUUAAAAGAAAGAUUUCUUGAAAAAAUUCUUAAUUUUGUUUUUGAAAACAAUUCUUAUGAACUAAUUUUAAGAUUGCCAAAGAAUAAAUCUACAUUUAAAGUUAAAUUUUUGCUAAAUUUGAUAAGAAAAAAAUUAAAAAUUGAUAGUCGUAUUUAUAUUUCUACUUUAAAUCAAAAUCAAUUUUAAUUAGAAGACUCUGUUUCUGUUUUAGAAACUAUUUUUGUUUCUCUUUAAUCAUUCAAUUCCUCUCCUAUAAAGUAAAUCGCUUAGUAAGACAACUAUUCUAUUCCUUUUGAUCAAAUAAGUGAAGCUUCUACUUCAGAUUAAUCAUUAAGCGAGUCAAAAGAAAGAUCAUCAGAUACAUUUAUUGACCUACUUUUUAACCCAUAAUAUUUUAAUUCUACCAAAGAUAAUAAUUUUUAAUGUUUAAAUAAUAUCAAUAAUUAAGAUAAAAUAUGUGUAGAAAAUAAUUUAUUUGUUAAUGAAUCAGUAAUUAAUACUUAAUAAAAUUAAUCAUCAGAUUUUUUAAAAAAUUUAUCUUACUCUUCAGAAUUAAAUUCUACUCAAACAAACAAUUAAUAAUAUGUAAAUAAUUUUUAAAAUAAAAUGCACAUUUGUGUUGAAAAUAAUAUUUAUAAUGGUAUUCCACUUGUUUCUAAUAAAAAAAAUCUAUUUAAAGUACCUCCAAAACCUUAAAACUAGUCACAUAGAACUUCUAAUCCUUUUUUGAAAAAAUAAGAUUUCUUUAAUUCAUCUAUUAGAAAUAAAUCUUUCUUAAAUAACAGUUCAAAAGGUGAAAGCGAAAUAUAAAAAGUAGUUUGUGUUCCUAUCAAAAAGUCUAUUGCAAAAUAAUUUUGA